AGAGACGACCAAAACAAAACGAAAGCGAUCAAGAUAACAUCCGAUCCAACAGCGCUUCCAAUCGCGGAAAAUCUCUCGUACGUGACUCUGCGCGAGUGAAUUGAUUAUUGUACUCUCCUCGUGCACCCCCGCCGGCCAGGUCAGCUGUGUAGUGCCCGAAAAUGUUAUCGUUCUUCCGCAAGAAAACCUCAGACGACCUUACGGGUGACGGAACAAACUCUACAGGAAGUGCUGGUGGUGGUGCUGUUGUUGCAAAAGAGGUCGCUGCGUCGCCUUCCCUAACCCAGCUCGGUUACCGCUCGGUCGAUGACCUGCGGGAAACCAUUUACGAUUUCCUCCGGACGAUCCGCGACCCGGAAAAGCCCAACACGCUGGAGGACCUGAAGGUGGUCUACGAGGAGGGCAUCUUCGUGCAGGAACCGACGGAGGGGAACGUGUACGUCGUGCGGAUAGAGUUCAACCCGACCGUGCCGCACUGCUCGCUGGCCACGCUGAUUGGGCUGUGCAUCCGGAUCAAGGUCCAGCGCAGCUUGGCCCACAACCUGAAGCUGGACAUCUACAUCAAGAAGGGGGCGCACUCGACCGAGGAGGAAAUAAACAAGCAAAUCAACGACAAGGAACGAAUAGCGGCCGCGAUGGAAAAUCCAAACCUGAGGCAACUCGUAGAGAAUUGCAUUAAGGAAGAAGACUGAACGGUUAGGUUCUGGUUUCGGAACGGUUUAUCGGCUCAAAAGUGGACUCGCGCUGCAUGAUCAAAGUGAUGUAAAGUUUUUCAUAGAGGGUGUGGAAGAGAGUGUUAUUUUGUAACUCGUUAUUUUUAUAGGGAUUAUAAAUAGUGAUUCUAAACUUUUUCGACAAGGUCAAAAAUAAAAGAAGAUGUGGUGGAUCGUAAUA